CCAGACGCCACAAAAUCAGCUAAAAUGAGAAAAUCGUAACCAAAGACAAAUUAUUUUUUCUUAAUUGAAACAGCACAUGAGCAACUAUGGCAACCAGAAAAGUGCUGAUUGUAGUUGAAAGACAAUGAGCUUAGUUUUUAUGGGAACUUUUAAUGUGACUGUUUUUUAAAGUACUAUAUUAGUAUGUCUUAAAAAAUUUGAUUAUUCAAUUGCUUAUCAACUUAUUUCAAAACGAAAAAGAUAUUUUCAGAAAAUGUUCAAUGGAGUGAAUGGUCGAGAUUGAGCGCAUGUUCAGUAACAUGUGGUAAUGGCUUCAGAUAUCAAUAUCGAGAAUGUAAUGUUGUAAAUCCAAACUUAAACACUAGUUUUUGCCAAGGACAUUCAGAAAUGAAAAUUCCAUGCGUAUUACUGGCAUGUCCGAAAGCGGAAAGAUGUAAUUGCGGUUGCAUAUUAAACGAAGCAAGAGGUAGAAUAGUAUCGACGUUAUCCUAUGAAAAAUCAGUGGACUGCUAUUGGAGCAUUGAGACUGGAUUUGAAACUCGAAUUAAAAUAACUAUUUUUGAUUUAAAAUUAACACACGGUUAUUUACUUUUAAAUGGUAACAAAAAUUUUAUUCAAAAGUAUAUCAUACCAAAAGAAAGACAAAAUAAUUUACCUGUAACCGUGACAAGCUUUGGUAAUCGAGUUAAUAUAUCGUUACAUAACUAUUUAGGAGUGCCAAACGAUGAAAUAAGGUUUCAAGCUGAAUAUGAAGAAAUCACAGAGAUAACACACGAAAAUAUAUCCAGUUUAAAUAUACCAGCAAUAGCAGGAAUUACGUGUUGUGUUGCAAUUAUUCUUAUAGCGUCAUGUAUUAUUGGAUAUAAAAAAUAUGUUAGGUCUUCUGAUAUUAAGGAAAAUAAAUUAAAUAAAGACGAAGAAAUUGAUCAACGCUCUUCAACCUCCAGUUCUAAUCGAUCAUCUCGUCAAAAAUCAGAAACCCCAACAUUGAAUAAAUCACGCAUGUCGAACAAAAAUGCACUAUUAAUGUCUUUAGAACAACAAAAGUUAUUAGAAUAUAGCCAAAGAGGUUACCCUGAGAGUGGCGAGCAUUAUCUACAACAACCAAAUUACAUAAUGCAACCGUGCUGGGCUCAAGUUCAAGUCAACGGGAAAGAAAAUUACGUACUUCAUUCACCAAACGGAUCAAACUACGUGAUGAUCCCCGGAAAUUUUAACGGUCCUCAAAAGAUUUAGCCGUAAAAAAAAGUCAACUUUUUAGAAAUUGGAUUAUACAGUGUUAAUGUACAUAAUAUUUAUAAAAAAGAAAAAAGAAAAUUUUCAAAUCGUAUUCCGAAACUGCGGGCUGAACUAUUGGUAAUAAGUUAAAACAUUUAACGAUAUACAUGUUUUACACAUAUAAACAAAAUGCUUCAACUGUAAUAUCUCAAAAAGACUUAGUCCUUUGCACUCGAGAAAAUUAACUUUUGUUUAAAAAAUAUAUAUAAAAAAUAAAUUAGCAAUAAAAAAUUUAUUUUGAACAACAGUUUUCUUGUAUUAAAAAAAACUUUGAAUUUAGAUGUUUUUUCUUUAAUAAAUUAAAUUCUGAUUUUUGCAAAUCUUAAUGUAAAUUUCUAUUAGAUAAAACUCCAUAUAUAGUCAUUAAAAACCGCUUAAAACAUUUUUACAAUUACAAGCCCUAUGAAAGCAGGCUCAGACGACGGCCUAUAAGGAUUUAUGAAUGAAUAAUAGUUUUUUUUUUUAAUCGCAACAAAGUUUUCAAAAACAAUAAAAUUUUUUAGUAAUUAACGGAAUGUAAUGUUUUUAUUUAUUGUAAUUAAAGAGAAAAGAGUCGUGUUAAUA